AUGUCCUGCGUGCACUACAAGUUCUCCUCCAAGCUCAACUAUGACACGGUCACCUUCGACGGGCUCCACAUCUCGCUCUGCGACCUCAAGCGCCAGAUCAUGGGCCGCGAGAAGCUCAAGGCCGCCGACUGCGACCUCCAGAUCACCAACGCCCAGACCAAGGAAGAGUACACAGAUGAUAAUGCCCUGAUUCCGAAGAACUCUUCAGUUAUUGUCCGAAGAAUUCCUAUUGGUGGAGUAAAAUGUACAAGCAAAACCUAUGUCAUAACUCAUAAGUUAUACAGAACCAUAGAAACUUCUCUCAGAAGUCGAGCUGAUCCAGUGAGUGGAACUUCAAAAGCAAUUGAUGACUCUUCUGCAUCUAUUUCUCUGGCCCAGCUUACAAAGACCGCCAAUCUGGCUGAAGCCAAUGCUUCCGAAGAAGAUAAAAUUAAAGCUAUGAUGUCACAGUCUGGCCACGAGUAUGAUCCAAUCAAUUACAUGAAGAAACCCUUGGGUCCACCUCCUCCAACCUAUACUUGCUUUCGUUGCCUAAAACCCGGCCAUUAUAUAAAGCAGUGUCCAACCAAUGCGGACAAAAGCUUUGAGUCUGUUCCCAGGAUUAAAAAGAGCACAGGAAUUCCCCGAAGCUUCAUGAUGGAGGUGCAGGACCCCAACACCAAGGGUGCCAUGCUCACCAACACCGGGAAAUAUGCCAUCCCAACAAUAGAUGCCGAGGCUUAUGCCAUAGGGAAGAAGGAGAAGCCCCCUUUCCUGCCAGAGGAGCCAUCUUCCUCCUCAGAAGAAGAUGACCCUAUUCCAGACGAGCUGUUGUGUCUGAUCUGCAAAGAUAUCAUGACUGAUGCUGUCGUCAUUCCCUGCUGUGGAAACAGCUACUGUGAUGAAUGUAUCAGAACAUCACUGCUAGAGUCGGAGGAGCAUACCUGCCCAACUUGUCACCAGACAGAUGUUUCUCCUGAUGCUUUAAUUGCCAACAAGUUUUUGCGCCAGGCUGUAAACAAUUUCAAAAAUGAAACUGGCUACACCAAGAGGCUUCGCAAACAGGCUCAGCCUCCCAGGCAGGCCGUCCAGCGGAAUAUGCCUUCCGUACCAAGGCCAACGGGGUCCAGGCAGCAGGAUCCCCUCAUGAUGCCAGCAGUGUCUGCUCCUGCUCAUGCGGCUGCAUCCCUCACCUUGCCUCCUGGCCAGUCGAUGUCUGCAUCAGCCACGGUGCCAGGAAGCCAGUCGUCCGCUGCCAGCUGCUCAGGCGAGGUCUCUGCACCCCUGUCCAUGGCACAUCACCCUGACAAGCCCGAAGGACCUUUCCGUGAGAGUGAUGGGAUGGGGCCGGCUGCUGCUAUUGUGGCUGCUUCAGACCACCCCAAGCCGCCUUCCUCGCUAUCAAUUAAUACUGUGAUGGAGGAGAAGGGCUACCAGGUUCCUGUCCUCGGGCAGCCGGCCUUGCCAGGGCAGCUGGGCUCUCACGGGCACUCAAUACCCACCAUGGGUCAGCCAAUGAGAAGCAACCCUAUGCGGUCUGCAGGCAACCGGUUGGGCUGGGAGCCAAGUUCAAACCGAGGACGCCCGCAUAGUGACCGCACACAAAGGACUCAGGCCCCAACACUGCCAGCCUCAACACCCGUCUUUGUGCCCGUGCCUCCACCUCCCCUGUAUCCUCCGCCUCCUCCUCCCCACGCACUUCCUCUUCCUCCGGGGGUGCCUCCACCACAGUUUCCUCCUCAGUUUCCACCGGGUCAGCCUCCACCUGCUGGUUACACUGUCCCCCCUCCGGGAUACCCCCCGGCUCCAGCAAACAUAUCAACACCUUGGGUACCAUCACCAGUACCAACGGCUCACUCAAAUGCCAUCCCAACGACACAAGCACCUCCUCUAUCUAGGGAGGAGUUUUACAGAGAACAACGGAGACUUAAAGAGGAAGAGAAGAAAAAGUCCAAGCUUGAUGAGUUUACAAAUGAUUUUGCUAAGGAACUGAUGGAAUAUAAAAAAAUCCAGAAGGAGCGCAGGCGUUCCUAUUCCCGGUCCAAAUCACCAUAUAGCGCCUCAUCGUAUUCAAGAAGUUCCUAUACAUACUCAAAGUCGAGAUCUGGCUCAUCUCGCUCUCGCUCAUACUCCAGGUCUUUCAGCCGCUCCCAUUCCCGCUCCUACUCAAGGUCACCCCCCUACCCACGGAGGGGCAGGGGGAAAAGUCGGAAUUACCGGUCCAGGUCCCGGUCCCAUGGAUAUCAUCGGUCAAGGUCAAGGUCACCCCCCUACAGAAGAUACCAUUCUCGAUCCAGAUCGCCAGUCUACAGAGGCCAGUCUCCAAGUAAGCGCCCCGUUCCUCAAGGGGAAGGGGAAAGGGAGUACUUUGGUCGGUUUCGAGAAGUCCCGCCUUAUGACAUGAAAGCCUACUAUGGCAGAACUGUGGACAUGAGAGAUCCGUUUGAAAAGGAGAGAUACCGUGAGUGGGAGACCUACAGAGAAUGGUACGAGAAAUUCUACAAGGGCUAUGCGGCUGGAACCCAACCAAGACCUCUGAUUAACCGAGAGAACUUCUCCCCAGAGCGAUUCGGUCCUCCUGGACCUCGGCGAGAGAAUUCCCCAUAUAUUCGGGGUCGUAGAGAUGAUUACCCUGGAGGCCUGGGCCAUCGGAACCGAAAUGUAGGGAGCAGCUACUCUGAAAAGAUGCCAGGUCGAGAGGGCCACAGUAUGAAAGACAUGUCGAAACUGAAAGAGAAGGAGAUUGAAAACCCACCAGGAGAUGGGAAAGGAAGUAAACAUAAGAAGCACCGGAAGAAACGGAAGGGAGAAGAAGGCGAAAGCUUCCCAAGUGCAGACCCGUUGGAAGGCUCGCGGAAGCCAAGAGACCCUCCUGCUGGGGAAGACCCCAAGCCCGACCCACUCUUCAUGCCCCCAAGCAGGGACGAUGCCACUCCUGUCCGGGAUGAGCCCAUGGAAGCUGAUUCGGUUGCCUUCAAACCUGUUUCUGACAAGGAGAGGAAAGAAAAGCCGAAGGCAAAAGCCGAAAAGGGGAAGAGGAAAGUGGAAGGCACUGCUGCUCCCAAGAAAGACGUGCCAGCAAAGCCCGCAAAAGCGCCCCAAGAGAAGGCUGAGGCCGACCGUGAGAAGGCCGAGGCCGACCGGGCAGAGCCUCCUCCCACGAAGAAAGUCAAGGAGGAGCUGCCCAAGGCUGAUCCUGCCAAGUCCUCGUCGUCCUCUCAAAAAGAGGAGAAGCCCGUUAGCACCCCACGGAAAGUUCACCCACGAGCUACCAAAGAGCAUCCCGACACCCGGUCAGUCAAGGAGGAGAAAGCCAAGAAGGAGCACCCCAAGGAGGUCAAGCAGGAGAAGCCAUCGAGCAAAGAGGACCGGUCGAAGAAGCCCGUGGACAAAAACAAACCUGUGGAUGCAAAGCCGGAAAAAAGGAAAAGGAAAGCCGAGGAAAAAGCGGAGAAGGAUCAUGACACCACGUCACAGAAAACUUCCAAGCAGGAAGUGACAGAGCUGAAACCGUCUCCAAAGGGGAAAACUGAGCCAGAGGGAGAAAAAGCUGAGAAGACUCCUGAGAAGGAGAAGACGGUUUCGCCAGUGGCUCCGGCAAAAAAGAUCAAGCUGAACCGAGAAACUGGCAAAAAGAUUGUCGGCACCGAAAACAUCCCUCCCGUUAAAGACACUCUUGCUGAGAAACCUGAGCCAGCUAAUAGCAAAGUGAAGCAAGAAAAGACCAAAGGAAAGCUGAGGAGAAAAGUGGCUGCAGCGGAUGGGUCUGGCUCGAUGCUGGUGGAUUAUACCAGCACAAGUUCCGCUGGAGGCAGCCCCGUGCGAAAGUCGGAAGACAAGCUAGACACAAAGCGAACCGUCAUUAAGACGAUGGAGGAGUACAACAACGACAUCAUCACGGCUCCUCCUGAAGAUGUCAUCAUUAUGGUCCAGGUCCCUCAGUCCAAGUGGGACAAAGAUGACUUUGAUUCCGAGGAGGAGGAAGACAAGGCCGGGGAGGAAGAGAAUAAAUCUGGGCAGGUUCCUUCCGCCAUUGGGAAGCCUGCGAGCGUUGUCAAGAACGUCAGCACAAAGCCAUCUAACCCCAUUAAACACAACGAGAAGGAUCCCGAGCCUUUAGAGAAAAGCCAGAGAGCCACAAAAGAAUCUGGGCGUGAGAGUUCACAGCCAGACUCCAGAAGCUCCAAAGCCACAACGUCCAAUGAGAAAGGGAAAGCCAAAGACCGGGAUCACGCUGCCUCCGACAGAGACUCCUCUGAGAAGAGGAGGAGUGGAGCCCCGCUGGAGAAGGAGCGCUCGGAGCGCAGUGCCGAGCAAAGCAGCCUGAAGAGCGGCCCUCCGCACUCCUCGUGCAAGGAGAGCCGGUCUUCCGAAAAGCACGACUCGGCACACAGUUCUUCUGCCAAGGACUUCACUCCAAACAGGGACAAAAAGUCCGACCACGACAGCAGCAGAGACCACUCAGGCUCCAAGCGAAGAGACGAAAGGAGCGAACUUGCCCGGAAGAAGCUCUCGCCUUCUCGGAGCCGGGAAUCUGCUGCCUCUGGGCAGAAGAAUAAGCCCCGAGAGGAGCGGGCGGACCUACCCAGAAGGGAAGCCGGGGACUCCCGGUGGAGCAGCUACAGCCCUCCGAGAGACCGGCGGCAGAGUGAGCACAAAGCGGCCUACGAAUCCCGGCAUUCCUCCGCGGAACACCACAAGUCCCAGGAGAGAGGCUCCGGCAAAGAGAGAGAGAAGCGCCCCUCGUCGGAGACGAAGAGCGGCAAAGAGAGGGUGCCGGCGGGGAGCAAGCCCUUGCACAGGCACUGCUCGCCAGAGGCCAGAGAACAAGGGCCUGUCCCGAACGACAGGGGCGCUGCCAAACCAAAGCCUCAGCCCAGCCACUCUUCCCGGCUCGCCUCUGACCCGACCCGAGAAACAGAUGAGGCUGCUUUUGUCCCCGACUACAAUGAAAGUGACAGUGACAGCAACGUCUCUGCAAAAGAGGAGGAUUCCCCCUCAGGGAGAGCUGCCCGGGAGGGGAAGGAGAAGGAGAAGGCCGCUGACAAGCCGAAGGAGACUGCCGUGGUGGUGGCGGCGGCGGCUGCUGCAGCAGCACCGUCUGCUGCCCAGCCUGGCCGGAGCCAGAGCCAGAGCAGCCCCAGCCUCAGCCCCAGCCCCUCGGAGAGCCAGGGCCGCAGCCGCAGCAGCAGCGCCAGCUCCGCAGACAGCCAGGACAGCAAGAAGAAGAAGAAGAAGAAGGACAAGAAGAAGCACAAGAAGCACAAAAAACACAAGAAGCAUAAGAAGCACGCCGCCGCAACGGAGUCGGAAGUGGAGCGGAGCCAAAAACACAAACACAAGAAGAAGAAGUCGAAGAAGAGCAAAGACAAGGAGCGGGAGAAGGAGAAAGGAGAGGACCAAAAAGCCAAGGCUGUGACUGUCUAGGCUGGACUGGCGUCGCCCUUCUGAACUCUGGUUCCAAUGUACUCGAGGAGAGCCUUGUAAAUAAGGCCCCGCCAGGCCCUGUGCUGCACUUACCCGAUUGCUGCUUGACUGGAUUUUUACAUCAGAGCUUUAUAAAGUGAACAUUUUGUACAGACUUGUGAGUUGUGACCAUGUAAUAUGGGGGAGGGAGGGAGCGGGGUGGAGGGUCCUUUUUUAAAUAUUUUAUUUUAUUUUAUUUUGCUGGGGCAUCUUAUUUUUAACCACCAUUAAAUUAGUUUGGGUGGAGUUUACUGUACUGUGAAAAUUUUCACAUUUAAAUUUUUUUAAUUGCCUGUCACGAAAAAGAAGAGAAAAUGGCUGGUAUCGGUUCUAAAAUAUCAGCCAGUGGACUUAAAGAAUGCAUUGCAGCCCUGCUCUGUUACUUUUGGAUUACAAUAAUAAAAAAAAUUUUCAAUAAACUUUAAUCAAUGUGGUA